AUGUCUAAAUAUUAUGUUGCUCUGAGUCAAGAUGGACAAGAGGUUGCGAUCUUCGACUCAACCAAAUUGGAAUUAUCAACUUGCACAAUCGACAGAUUAGAUAAGCAAAGAAAAUUAGCUUACGAACCUUUCCAAGUGCUUAAUAGCAAUUUAUUUGAUGGUAUAACUUGGUCAAUUUCAAUUUCUAAUAAAUCAGCGAAUGGAGAAGUCUUAAUUGCAUUAUCUUGCUUUAAUAAAUAUCGUUAUUUGAUGUCAGAAGAUCAAAAUUCUGCGCAAUAUUUUGAAUCCAUAAAAAGACAAUCUAUAUGCAAUAUAAUAACAGAUAUAACAGAUACAACAGAUACAAGUGACACUAAUGAGACUGUUGAAACUCUAACUGAAAUGGAAAAUGGGGAAAUGGCAAGCUUUGAUUCUACUUGGUUAUUUUCCACUUUAAAUAAAGAAAGAAUUCGCACUACAAUUGAUCAUCUUGGUGGUAUAGUAAAGUUUCUUAGUCCGUCAGAUCCCAAAAAGCAGACUCUUAUUAUCAUUCAUGAUUAUGGUAUUACAAAAACUUUAAUCCCUAUAAAUUAUCGUCAAUAUAAUAAUAAUUGGAACUCGUUAAGAAAAACAUUUUUUAAUAAAUUAAUUGCCAAGAAUUCAAAAGGUACAAUUGAAUUUUAUUUCCCAAUGUCAAUUUCAAAACAAAUAAAAGCUUGCAUUGAAGAUAGACCACAAUUAAAUAUAUUCAAUAAAAAUAUCAAGAAUAAUUAUCUUUUCUUACAAGAUUCUAAAUCAGAUAAAUUAAAUAUGCUUGAAUGUUACAAUUUAGAGGGUGGUGGAUUAAUUAAAUCGUUUCAAGUAGAUUCUGAUGAGAAUAUUAAAGAAACUUUAAAUUCCAAUUUUAAUAAGGCCUUUAAUUCUAUUAAAAAUUAUAUGAUAAUUGAAAUUUCGAAAAAUGAAAAAUUAUUGGCUUAUAAUAGUAAAUAUCACCAAAAUCAUAUUACAUUAUUUUCAAUGGAAAAUACUUUGAAAAUUUGUACAAAGGAAUUUACAAAUAUAAAUGAUAUAAUUUAUAUUCAAUUUAUUUGCAACGAUGAAAAAUUAUUGAUUAUUGGAGAGCGAGAGGUUAGAGGAAGUCAUGUAAUUGAAAAUUCAGACGAGAUUGAAGUAGUUAAAAUCAGAAAAAAAAAAUCAAUGAAUACUACUGUACCUAUACUUAUAAUUUGGGAUUUAUUUUCUUCAAAUUCGGUAGAAGAUUCUAUCACGAUCAUUCAUGAUUCUUUAAAUUCGUUAGAUAUCUUUCGACAUUAUCAUAAUUAUGUUAAUUCUAAUGGAAAUACGAUUUAUAUAGAUAAAAAAGGAACUGUUAAAUCUUUAUUAGAUCAUCCGGAUCUAAUCGAUGCUCUUAAAAAAUCUAUGAAUUAUUUUUUAAAACCCUUAGAUAUAAUCGUUGCACAAGAAAUAAGUGGAAGUAUGAAAAAACAUGCGAUUUUUCACUUAGACAAUAUACUGGAUAGUCAUACGACAGAGAAUGAUGCUAUUGUUAUCUACAGCGAACCAUGGAUAAGCAAUAAAAAAUGUUCUCGAAUAUCAGUAUUUCUUAAUGAAGAUAAAUCUAUUCAAUUAAUCAUUGGAGUUUUUUCUGUACAAGUUUGGAGAAGAUUAUCAGAAGGAGAUAAUCAAGUAUCGCGUCUUGAAUAUAUUUGGAUAGGUAAUAAACAAAAAAUUGAAAUUAAAUCUUUAUUAGUAGAAAGAAAUGAAUUUUUACUUGAAUUUACAUUACACGACGAAAAAGAGGAUCUACCAGAUAUUAUAAACAAAAAAGACAAAAUGCAAAUACAUUGGCCACAUAAUGUCUUAAUUCUUAAAGAUGCAUGUGUUGCACUUGAAUAUUGUCAUUAUCUUAUUGACAAUCCUGUAAGUCCAAGGAAAGGACUUUUAUUCGAAGAAUUUCGAAUUCAAGUACAAAAUAUUGUUAAAAAUUUUAUUAAAUAUAAUCCUCUCAUUUUUCAAUUAACUGAUAUUAGAUAUGACAUAAUGGGAAAUCUUAUACGAGGAAAUUGUGUUUCUAUUAUCAAAAGAAUUUUAUUUAUCAAAACGGAGAAUUUUAAAAGUUCAGAAGGUUCAAAAGCAAUGAAGGCAAAGAUGAAUAAUCAUUUACAUUUCCCACGUUUAUAUUCUUGGGAGUCCAAUUCUCCAAAAAAGAGUGACUUAGAAGUGGCUAUCGAAUCUAUUACUGGGGUACAUAGAAAAGAAUCAAUAAUUGUUGGAUAUUUGUUAGAUUACUAUUCUGAUAAUGCAAUGAAAAAUACUGGAUGGAUGAUUUCGGUCACACAGAUUUUACCACUCUUAUACGACCGUCACCUGGAUUAUUAUGUUAAGGAGUUAUUUUAUAAACCAUGUUUUGGAACGAGACAGUCAUAUAUUGAUGAUUCUUUAAUAUCUUCAUAUGAAUUGCGGAAAGCCCAACAGAAAAAUAUACAUUCGAUAAAUAUUCGACAAGGACUAUCAAGAAAGCCAAGUGCUAUAAUUCCAGGAUUUAAAAAAAAAUUUGAAGAUAUUAAAAUGUAUUUAAAACUAAACUUAAUUAGCCUUAAUCGUAAACACGAUCCAUGUUUGACAAAGUUGAAUGUCGUUCCACUUCCAGAUUUUUUUACUUUUCCUCCUAGUACUUCAACAAAUAAAGAAGAGAAAUUUCUUGAUCAUUAUUUAGCUUGGCGUAUUUUGAAAAAUGUUGUUUGGCCUCAUAUAUAUGUUGAAUUAGUAGAUUCGCAAUAUUCUCCUUUUCAUCGCGCAUUAAUGCGUGAUAAUAGGAUAACGACAUUCUCAAAUCCUUCACUUGCUGCAUUAAUAGAUUAUAAAUGGAGCAAGGCACAAAUUUACUUUAUUCGUUCUUAUGCAACAUAUAUUAUUUUUGCAUUAAUUUUUUGGACUACUAACAAUGUAACUCGUAUUGAAGUUGUUACACCUAUCAUCGCAAAAGGAAUUUAUUUCCCAUUGCAAAUAAUGUUGUUUUAUAUAGGAUAUCUUCGACUUGCCUUUGAAUACCUUCAAUUAAAGAACAAAGGUUACAGAAAAUAUAUCAACGUUUACAAUUUUUUCGAUAUUAUAUCUAUAAUUAUGCCUUUAAGCUUGGUUAUUUCUUUAAAUUUUUUGGAAUCGGGUGUGGAUAAAACAAAGUUACGUUAUUAUACAGUUGCAGCUUCUUUAACUACAUUUGUUUUAUGGAUUGAAUUGGUUUGUAAAAUUAUUUGUAAGUAUCAUUAUAAAAUCAAAAUUAAGAUUUAUUGUGAUUAUUUAGGACCAGCCAAUUACAUUAAUAUAAGCUUGAAUAUCAUAAGAAGAGUUUUCUACUUUUUCGUUUUUAUGUUAAUAUUUAUAAUUGCGAUUGCACAUUCAAUGUAUAUUCUUCUACGAUCACCUGAAUCGAUAGAUCUUGUACCAGAUGGUGGUCAAAAUUUCGCUUUAUUUAAUGCUGUUACCGGAGAUAACAUUGCUCCAAAUAUUACGAUAGACCAGACAUUUGAUGUUGAUAGAGUUAGUGAUAAUUAUUUUUCGGAUUUUUUGCAAUCCAUUGAAGCUGUUUAUUUUUGGACUAAUGGACGAUGGGAUCAAGUUGAUCAAUGGAAUUUUUUGCCGGUUCAGGCAUUAUGUUUUUUUGCAAGUAUAUUACUUAUUACCGUAAUGCAGAACAUGUUAAUUGCUUAUAUGACUUCAGUAUUUGAUGAAGCAUGUGCUUUAGGAAAUCAAGCUGUAUUGAAAUUUCGUGCAGAUUUAAUCUGUGACUACGAAACUUUAAUGAGAUUUGUUGUCGAUCUAAUAGAUGAAAGUGAAAACCCUAAGGAUCUUUAUUAUGUCGCUAGAGUUGAAGAAGUUGAACGUUGGGAAAGCGAAAUUAAAAAGUAUUCUAAAUCGCAUAAAUAUAUUUUAGUUGAUAAAUUUGAUUCUUUGUCCGAUGAUGAAGAAAGUGACAAUAGUGAUGAUGAAAAAGAAAAUAAAAGUGAGAUUAAUGUAAAGGGUAAAGGAAUAAGAUAUUCUGGAAGUACAAAAUAUUCUGGAAAUAUACGAAGUAUACGACCUUCUGUAAAUAGUAUUGGUGAGAAUCAUAUUGAGAAAUUGGAAAAUAAAAUAAAAGAAAUUCAUGAUGAUAUAAAAAGUAAGAUGAAAGAUUUGGAAGAUAAGCUUAAGCAACUCUUAGAGUCAAAAAAUUAGUAUACAUAUACAUAUACUGUAUAUACAGUAUACUGUAUUAAUGUAAGAUUGUCAGUUUUCCUCCGUUUUUUAUAUAAUAAGGUAUUUCGUAUGUAAUAAGAUAUUGGUAUGAAUAAAUACAGUAUAUACAUAUUAGUC